ACUACUCGCGUUUCCUUCAUGGACUCAAUAAACAUCACCCCAGACGUCCCCAAGUACAAGGCUCACGUUGUGCCAUGUAAAAUACACUACACGGGCCCCGCUAAAACCCAGGACUACUUCACCCCGUCGAAAGAGGUCGACUCGUCCACCAACACUCAUAUCUGCUACUUCAGGGGAUGCAAAUUCAUGGGAAAACCCAUCGACAUCGAAACCUACUCCGGGUACAUCCUCAACAAAUCAGAGGUUCUUGCACGUGGAGAUUAUCCAGAGGCCCCGGAGGACUUUAAAAUCGUGAACAACUAUACGGCCAUUGGCAGGUUUGAUGAGUUGACAGUGUAUGGACAUGAUCGCGUGAUUAAGCUGACAGACAAGUACAUGUUGAUGGAGGAAUGGGAGAAGUUGAGUGGCGUGAUACAUGAAUAGAUGGGUGCCAUGCUUAGAGCUGGGUGGGGGUGGUGUGUUAUGGAAGAGUUCCUAUUUACUGUGACUAUGAUUUAUCUUACAGAAUUGGGGCACAACGGCUGCAAAGUACAUUACGGUGGCCAAGCCCAUGGGGACGUUGUGAUUGGAAAGACGGCUUUCCCGGAAUGCUGUCUUCACUCUAAUUGAUGGCAAAAUGAAUUAUUAAAAGUUAUGUGGUGGUUGCGCUCUUUGUGGCGGUGAUCAACCCAUGAUUGAGUAUGGAACGAAAGCAGCUUUUAUUUGUGUAUUUGAGUAUGAAGUACUACAUUACUUAUGCUAAUACGGACUAAACGAUACCGAGCCACUGGUGUUUGUGUUGUUUCUAGUGGUAAAUUGUCAGUCAUCCCUUCAAUAUUCGGAAUCCGCUGAUUGUGGUUGCAAAUAGAUUUUACAGACACGGAAAUGCGACUGACUCAAGAUUCUCGAUCAAUUCUCUGCUAAAAUCUCACUUCCAACACUUCUUCAUAAAGGAUAGAAUGGGAAAGGAGGCUUUUUCAUAAAAGACACUUAUAUAAUAGUUGAUAUACUGAAUCUAUAACCUCACAGUAAAUCUUUAUGAUUCCUU